CUAAGCAUAUGCAGCGGACGAACGGAGGGUCUGCAUGGACCAGAGAGAGCUGGAGAGAUCUACUUGCUGAAGAUAUUCCGUGAAGGAGUAGAUGACCAUUGAUACAAUCUGAGGACACAAGCACUCCUGUUCCCAUGGACAAGCCUCUCUGGACUUCAGCGUCAGGUGGAGCCCUGCAGUAGGAUGCUGGGGUCUAUGUCUGUCUGUGGUCCCCCUGCUGUGGCCUCUCACCUUUGGCUGCUCAUUUUCUCCUGCUCUCUUCACAGUCAACCAGCCCUGUCUGACCUUGUGUUCUCCACCCGUCCAGAGGAUAGUGCUGGUGUGCUGGGUGCUCCCCUCACACUACACUGUGCAGUGUCUGACUCCAGCCGCCAGGGGGCACUGCCUGUUCGAUGGGAAAGGGCCAGCGGAGAGGCAGCAGCACUGAGUCCUGGUCCUGACAAAGGGAUCCACCAAGUGGCCAAUGGAUCUCUGUUCUUCCUCCAGCUGAGAGAAGGGGACCUGGGGAGAUAUGUAUGUAGUGCAGGCAUUGGAGACAAACACAUCAGGACUGUUGUCCAAGUGAUGGAAGCUGGUUUGUUGGCCUUCUCACCUCUUGUGCAUGCCUCUGCUGAAGCAAUACAAUGCAUUUACAUUAGCUUUAGUACACAGAACAUAUUUGUAUGUGAUGUCUGUUUCAGAAAUGAGAAAAGCAUAGAUACAUUUGAUCCUUCGUUUGACACUGUGUGUGUAGAGCUGGAGGCAGUGUUCUUUAGUCCUCAGUCUCAGACGGUCAGUGAGGGUCAGACAGUGUUCCUCCAGUGUGUCUCAGGGAACAGCUCACCCCCUGCACACAUCACCUGGCUCAAAGACAACACCCUCUUCACCAAAGGCACUCAGAUGCAGGGCCAAUAUGGAGGGGGUAACCAGAGGAAGACCUCAGGCACUCUGCACCUCUCUAAUGUCUUAAUAGAGGACGAAGGGGAAUACGUCUGUGUCACACACAACGCCUUAGUGAACAGCAGCCUGGAGAGCAAAGCAGCUACACUCACUGUACAAGGAGUCCCUACAGGGCUGCAGAUCACUCAGGGCCCUGACAACCUCACCAUCGCCAUGCAGACAGAGGUCUCCAUGUGCUGUGCUGCCCGAGGCUUCCCAGCUCCCACAGUGCAAUGGUUCAAAGACAGCCAUCUCCUGGCGAACAGCUCCUGCUUGAGUUUGCAGAACAAGGGGCAGCUGCUUGUGUUCAAGAAUGUUUCUGAGGAAGAUGAGGGUUCCUACCACUGUGAGGCCAGGAAUGAGAGGGAGACUGUCAGAUCUCAGCCUGCCUAUCUCCUCCCAGCAGAGAUGGAAUGGAACUUUGUCCUGCAGCCCACUAACCAGACAGUGAGGAUGGGAGACUCUGUUACUCUGGUCUGCAGACCCCCCUACAGCAGGCCUCCAGCCAGGGUGUCCUGGUUCAAGAACAACCGCCUCCUCACUCCCAAGACACACUUCACUGUUGGGCCUAAUGGAGACCUCAUCUUCCACAGUGCCCAUGACACAGACAGGGGAGUGUACUUCUGCAGAGCGUCCAACAUCCACCUGUACAGAUCUGUGACCUCUAGAACAGCCAGACUGACCGUUCUCGCUCCUCCCUCGGUGAGGCUGUGGCCCCCAGUGGUGAUGGUCCCUAUGGGGGCCCAGGUGGUGUUCCACUGCCAGGUUUGGGGACAUCCCCUUCCCUCCAUCGUCUGGUCCAAACAGGGACGCUCUAUGCAGACUGGUGGAAAGAUCUCUGUGGGGGUGAGAAACGCUACCCUCUACAUCCUGUCUGUCAGGAGCUAUGACGAGGGGACUUACACCUGUGCAGCCUCUAACACUGUGGGGCAUGACCGGAGCACAGCUACUUUACGUGUCGCUGUGAGCCCCAUCAUAGUGUCCUUCGUUGGGGCAGUGAGCAGCUCAGAAGGGUCCUCUGUGGUCCUGCCAUGCAGAGCAGUGGGGGACCUCCCCAUCAGGUACACCUGGACCAGAGGACACUCUCAGACCACUAUCACCCCAACCCUGAAGAGGCAUGUAGAUGAUGAGGGGGCUCUGCAUAUCUCCAGGGUUCAGUUGUCUGAUGCAGGGGACUACCACUGUGCAGCUGAGAACAGAGCGGGACAACAGCAAAGAAGAUCCACCCUCACCAUCUCUGCUGAAGAUGACCCGGCUGAUAGAGACAAGCAGCAUAGACAGAUUGCGUCUGCAGUUCCAAACACUGAAGCAGAGCAGAGAAUUCCUCUGUCCAGUAAUGUCCUGAGUCUAGCUCAGCGUUCUGAGAUGACCCAAUUACAGGCAGGAAGUACAGUUUCAUUCCAAGCAUCUCAAAGAGACUUGAGCAACGACAUCACCCACGUGUCUGCCCCUGACACUUUACGACGGCUCUCGUCUCUCAAGAAGACAGCUUUAGGACUAGCAGGUCUCAGCGGAGGACAGACAGGAUUGCUGGUACUACCGGACCAGGCCUCGGCCAAACCAACCCAGCCCACAAUCACACAGAUCCAGCUUCCAGUGCAACAACCCCCACAUCCACCUCUAUAUCCACCCUUAGACCUACUAAGUCAGCCUUCAGUAACUCAUAGAGUCGCCUCACUUACCCAGCUUCCAAUAAUACAUACCCAGCCAACAUUAGCACAUAAUCCACCCCCAGAGACACAACGGCAGGUUUUAGUCCCACAUAGCCAAUCUCAAUUAACACAGUCCGUAUCCCAAAGCAUCCACAACCAGCCAUCAGUCAUGCAUAUCCAGCAUCAAGUCUCUGACCAACCAAUUAAGCCACUAAUGCCCAUCACCAUUAUUACCCAGUCUCUGGUCCCACGCCCGCAACCUUCUCCAGAGUCUCCCACUCACCUUUCAAACCCCUCUACCCAGAGUCCUGAAUGUCUUGCCCAGCCCAGAGAACCUGUGACUCAGUCUCUACUCAUGCAAACCCUGCAUCCUUCUGACUCAAUCACUCAAACUCACCAUCCUGUAACACAAAGGUAUCCUUCAUAUUCACAUUUACAGCAUCCUAGCCCUGUCACCCUGUUUUCAGUCACACAAAUCCAGCCUGAAUCUACACAAAAUCAGUCUGAACCUACACAAACCCAGCCUGAACCUACACAAACUCAGCCUGAACCUACACAAACUCAGCCUGAACCUACACAAACCCAGCCUGAACCUACGCAAACCCAGCCUGAACCUACACAAACUCAGCCUGAAACUACACAAACUCAGCCUGAAACUACACAAACCCAGCCUGAACCUACACAAACUCAGCCUGAACCUACACAAACUCAGCCUGAAACUACACAAACUCAGCCUGAAACUACACAAACCCAGCCUGAAACUACACAAACUCAGCCUGAAACUACACAAACUCAGCCUGAAACUACACUAACUCAGCCUGAACCGACACAAACCCAGCUUGAACCUACACAAACCCAGCCUGAACCUACACAAGCCCAACCUGAAAUUUCACAAACCCAACCCCAACCUACACAAACCCAGCCUGAACCUACACAAACCCAGCCUAAACCUACACAAACCCAUCCUCUACCAAAAACUCAGCCUGAAACUACACAAACUCAGCCUGAACCUACACAAACCCAGCCUGAACCUACACAAGCCCAACCUGAACCUACACAAACCCAACCUGAACCUACACAAGCCCAGCCUAAACCUACACAAACCCAACCUGAACCUACACAAGCCCAACCUGGACAUACACAAACCCAACCUGAACCUACACAAACCCAACCUCAACCUACACAUACCCAGUCUGAACCUACACAAACUCAGCCUGAACCUCAACGAACCCAGCCUACACAUCUCCUGACCCAGCCUUCAGUCUCAAUCACACAUGCUCCUGACCUGAGCACCACACCCCCCACCCCUGACCCCAAAGGCCCUAGUGCCCCAUGGACCUCCACACCAGACCUCCUGCAGCAGAACAUGAGUCAGCCCGCUAAGCCAGUUCAUCCAGCCAAACCAACCAGGCACAAUGACACAGAGCCCACAGAGUGGCUGAAGAGGAACACUUCUCAGUCCCCCAUCAGGACCAGUGAGGACCCCAGAGUAAAGCCUCCUCCUCCAUGGCUCCCAGUGCUGAAGAAACAUGACAUCCCCAUCGUGGUGGGAGUGGGUGUGUCUCUGGCCUUCAUCUUCAUCACCAUGGCCUUCUACUCCCUGGUCCAGAAGAAAGAGCCUGCCCCCGCUAUUAGAGCCUUGUCUUCCACAGUUCCCAGGAACCUGGGAGUCCCCUUCAGACAUGCUGAACAUCUGGCCACUGGGAGGACUUAUGAGAACAGGGCGUUUGAGGAUGAUGAUUUGGUGGCUGUGAUUGAACAAAGCCCCGACACGUCAGAUACACGUACCAGGCCCCCUGCCCCCAGCCCAGUCACUGUGAUGAUAGACCCUGCCUUUGAUGAGACUCAGGAGACACAGGCUCGCCCCCCGUCCUCUUCAGAACACUCAGUCAUAGCAGAGACCUACUCUGAGGCAAUCGAAGACACACAGGUUGACCCCUUCCUGGAUGAAGAGAAAGACUGCAGCCUGUCUCACCCCAGCAUCCAGCUGCAGUGUGUGGAGGACUGGGGGGGUGGAGGAGUAUACGGACAAUGUCAGGGCCAGGACUUUCUCUCUGAGCCCCCCUCUCUCACUCCUUCACCUUUCCGCUCCCUGUCUCCCUCCCCUCCUCCUGUGCGUGAGGAAAGCCUGCGCUCCUCCCUGACACUCCAGACCACUGAGCCCUGUGCCACGCCCAUCCACCACAGCGUCAGGAUCUCCCACGGUAACGCCCCCCUCCUCCUCUCCCACUGCGUCUCCCUAGGCCUCACCACCGUCGCCGUUGAUGUUCACUUCUACCCAGCAGCUCUUGCGUCAGCCACCGCUGCCAUGGCGACCGUGACAGCCGCCACACAGGUUAAUGCUACCGCCGCUGCUGCUCCAGGGCCCCAGCUCAGCUCUCGAUUGGCACAAGGUCAGGAGCAUGACCAAUCGGCUCCCAGCAUGUGCCAGAGUAAGUAACUAGAUAGAGGGAAUGCCGGAUGGAGAAUUGGUUCCAACACAGAUGUUGCCAUUAGUACAUUUAAGUCUCCACUUUGGACAGCUUGGCUGGAUUGUUGGUUGUCUUCACGUGUCUCUCUGUAUUUAUCAGCCUGUUUCCUCUGCCUUGAUCUGACACUGGUGUGGAGAAUGUGUUUGUGUUGGAACCAUACACUGAAGACUAUAGGACAACAUCCUAAAUGGUCUACACAUACUGCACCACAGUCAGCUAUAAACACGUCAACUACAUAAUGUCAAUGUAUUCUGCUUCUGUCCUUCAUAAAGAAAAGUCAUAUGAGAUUUUCAUUAUUGAUCAUGUAUAUUAUGGCUUCAUUGUGUAUUACAAAUGUCAGUUACACAAUGAUGCUUGAGGCCUAAAAUAAUGCAUUUAUAGGAAGCAAAAACUAGAAUAUGUAUAACUGCUUUCAUAAUCUUCUUUUACAUGCCAAUGUUUCUCUGCAUUGACUGAAUAUAUAGCUCAUUAUAUUUAUAUAUACACUCAGUUGAAUAUUCUACAAUGAAAAAGCCAAGGAGAAAACAGCUGUGUACAAAAUAUUGCAAUCUUUGUUACUUUACACUUCCUAAUCAGGUAAUAGACAACCUCUCUCUGUUGCACCAUAAACCGACUGUUACUUCUGUGCUGAAACCAAAGGAAGGUGACGACAGGGCUUAAUCCCAAUUGAAACCCAGCUGACCUGAAAUGUCAUUUAUCUGGAUCAGUUCACUUUAUGAUCAGUGAAAUGUCUAUAACUUUCAUGAAUGUCCCUUUCCUUUGCUACUGCCAUGAAUUCAUUAUUCUUAAAUGAAUGUGUUAAACUGAAAAUUAUUUUUUCCCCUUAUUUGUUUCAAUAACAUGUCCAGUAUCAAUUGUUGCUAACAAAAGUUGUCAUUUUUAAAUUUUUUAUCUUACAUAUUUAUACUUGAGUGUAUUAAAUCAGUGAACUUAUUACCUUUGUAUGGGUGAUAAAAUGCCAACAAAAAAAAUAUUAAAAGUUAUGACACAGA